AUGCACCUCCCGCACGCGAGCCCUCCGGCCCCCAGCAUGGCGGACGUUUAUGCUCAUAUCCAUGAGUACUACCGGCAGAGUCACGGCGACCUGGUGCAGACUGGCUCCCCAGCCGUGCUGUGCUCUGUGCUGCCCGGCCACUGGAGGUCCAACAAGUCGCUGCCGGUGGCUUUCAAGGUGGUGGCUCUGGAUGAUGUGCAGGAUGGCACCCUGGUCACGAUUAAGGCUGGAAAUGAUGAAAAUUCUAUGGCUGAAUUGAGGAACUGUACGGCGGUGAUGAAGAACCAGGUCGCGAAGUUUAACGACCUGAGGUUCGUGGGUCGCAGUGGACGAGGGAAGUCAUUCUCCCUAACUAUCACCAUCAGCACGUUCCCCAGCCAAGUGGCCACCUACAUGAAAGCUAUCAAAGUCACCGUUGACGGACCCAGAGAGCCAAGAACUAAACAAAAUUAUGGCUACGGUCACCCGGGUGCAUUCAGCCCGUUUCUAUUGAACCCCGGCUGGCUGGAUGCGGCGUACCUCAACUAUGCGUGGGCUGACUACUUCAGGCCGCCGCAAAUACGAGACCAGACCGCCUCGCUCGUAAAAGGUGGCCCAGGCGCAAUAACAACACCCCCCGUGACGUUACCAGGAGCAGAACUCUUCCCCUUCGCGCCAGCGAUGGCUAACUUGCCAACAGGAGGCUUAAUACCACCUCCUGGUGCUUUUCUACCACCAAAUGGUCUCCUUCCGUUCGGACCACAUCCAGCAGACCUAGCAAUGAAGUCCUUACCACCCGAAUUAUCACUAAAGAGUAGCAUCAGUCCUUACGAAGCGUUGAGACACUUACAAAGCAACGUCUCUUCAAUGGAUACAUCGAGUGCUAGACUUUCUCCAACAAGCAGUAGACAAAGUGGAAGCCCAAGAAGCAUUGCCAAUGCUAGCCCCGACAGAUCUAAAGCUGAUUCAAAAUCGGAGGUCAAUUCGAUGCAUGACGCGACGAUCACUGACGAAUCUGAUGAAGAACCUAUUGAAGUAGUGAAGUCAGCUUUCCAUCCCACACGACCAGCGAAUGUUGAGCUGCAGGAGAUGAAGAGAGUGCAGGCAGCCGACUCUACGGUGGCGGACAGACCACGCGUCCGUAAUGAACUGAAAGCACCUUCGCAGCGCAGCGCACGAGUUCUUUCUUCUAGUCCUACAUCCACUAAGAUCUCAAACGGCACGAUACCGACACAUAAAUCAGUAUGGCGUCCGUAUUGA